AUGCUAAUGAGGAACCAUCCCUUGACGGAUUUAAGCGGGGGUACGGUUAUUGCUUAUAUUUCCAACGAUGUGUACGAAGCUGAGUACGUCAUUAUGACAGCCCCCUUACCAAUGCAGCUUCAGAUACACUACGAUCCUCCUCUGACCGCUCCGCGAAGCAUGCUUAUCCGAAGCUCCAGAGCAGGCCGCGCCAUCAAGAUAAUCAUAUUCUACAAACGUCCAUUCUGGAGGUACAAGGGCUACAGCGGGCAGGUGACCAGCGGCGAUAGCCAACUGUGCUUCAACGAAGUUCUUGACGACUGUCAUCCCAAACGGCCCUUGGCAGCGCUCACGGUUUUCGCCGUUGGCGACAACGCACUAAAGCUUCAAAAACUGCCAGUUGAAGCAAGGAUGAUGCAGAUAUCUAGAGACUUGGCACGUGUGUUCCAAAGCGAUGCGGCCUAUCACUAUGCUCACUACGAGGAGAAAAACUGGUUCCAGGACCGGUACUUCGGGGGUGGCUACGCUUCUGUAUUUCCUGCAGGCGCAACGACAAAAUACGGAAAGGUCCUCCGGCAGCCCUUUCACAGGGUCUACUUUGCGGGAACCGAAACUGCAACGUCAUGGCCGGGUACCAUGAACGGUGCAGUGCAGGCCGGAGAGAGGGCCGCCAGAGAGGUCCUGUGCGACAUGAAAUUGAUAAAAGAAGAUGAAGUAUGGGCCGACGAAGAGGAAUUUAAAUUGCGUUCGUGUAUCCACAAAUAUCACUCUAGUAAAAUGCAGGGAAAAAUCGAUCCCAGGGUGCGUCAAAUUCUAAGCCAAUCGAUAUCCACUUUCGUUACGGCCAAACGCCGCAACUAG